CGCGGGGCGGGAACGCGGAAGGGGCUGGGGCUGCGGCGCGUAGGCGAGGAGCAGACCGGGGGCGGGGCCGGCAGUGGGAGUGCGGGGCGCGGGGCGGGCGGCGUGGGACCCAGGGGGGCGACAGAGGCAGCAGGAGCCCGAGGCCUGAGGAGAGGAGACCGGCGGCGGUGGCAAUGCUGGAGACCCUGCGUGAGCGGCUGCUGAGCGUGCAGCAGGAUUUCACCUCCGGGCUGAAGACUUUAAGUGACAAGUCAAGAGAAGCAAAAGUGAAAAGCAAACCCAGGACUGUUCCAUUUUUGCCAAAGUACUCUGCUGGAUUAGAAUUACUUAGCAGGUAUGAGGAUACAUGGGCUGCACUUCACAGAAGAGCCAAAGAAUGUGCAAGUGCUGGAGAGCUGGUGGAUAGUGAAGUGGUCAUGCUUUCUGCGCACUGGGAGAAGAAAAGGACAAGCCUCGUGGAGCUACAGGAGCAGCUCCAGCAGCUCCCAGCUUUAAUCGCAGACUUAGAAUCCAUGACAGCAAAUCUGACUCAUUUAGAGGCGAGUUUUGAGGAGGUAGAGAACAACCUGCUGCAUCUGGAAGACUUAUGUGGGCAGUGUGAAUUAGAAAGAUGCAAACAUAUGCAAUCCCAGCAACUGGAGAAUUACAAGAAAAAUAAGAGGAAGGAACUUGAAACCUUCAAAGGUUGCAGGAAAAUAAAAGCUGAACUAGAUGCAGAGCACGCCCAGAAGGUCCUGGAAAUGGAGCACACCCAGCAAAUGAAGCUGAAGGAGCGGCAGAAGAUUUUUGAGGAAGCCUUCCAGCAGGACAUGGAGCAGUACCUGUCCACCGGCUACCUGCAGAUCGCGGAGCGGCGAGAGCCCAUAGGCAGCAUGUCGUCCAUGGAAGUGAACGUGGACAUGCUGGAGCAGAUGGACCUGAUGGACAUAUCUGACCAGGAGGCCCUGGACGUCUUCCUGAACUCGGGAGAAGAGAACACUGUGCUGUCCCCCACCUUAGGGCCUGAAUCCAGUACCUGUCAGAAUGAGAUUACCCUCCAGGUUCCAAAUCCCUCAGAAUUACGAGCCAAGCCACCUUCCUCUUCCUCCACCUGCACCGACACGGCCACCCAGGACAUCAGUGAGGGUGGGGAGUCCCCCGUGGUUCAGUCUGAUGAGGAGGAAGUUCAGGUGGACACUGCCCUGGCCACAUCACACACUGACAGAGAGGCCACUCCGGAUGGUAGUGACGACAGCGACUCUUAAGUUGGGACGGGACGUGGGCGUUGUCUGGCCACACUGGAAUCCGGUUUUGGCUGUAUGCGGAAUUCCACCUGGAAACCCAGGUUGUUUUAUAGAGGGUCUUGGUUUUUACAUAAUUGCCAAUAAUGUGUGAGAAACUGAAAGAACAGCUAACAAUAAAGCGUGAGGAUGGUAAACUGAGA